AUGGACGACGCGCUCGACGGCCUCGUCGACGCCGACGGCCCCCGUCGACGGCGCGAGCGUCGACGACGAUCGUCGCUCGUCGCCGCGCUCGGGCUCUCGCUCGGGCUCGCGAGCGCGCUCGUGGUGGUGCGCGGCGGUGGCGUCGCGCGCGUCGAUGGUGUUGGCGCGACGACCGAUGGGUUCGCGGCGACGGUGGCGGCGGUGCGCGACGACGAGGGGGCGAUGGAUGCGCGCGCGGUCGUCCCGGUGAUCCACGCGGGACGGGCGCGGAUGAUCGGCGAGGCGAUUCGUCGGAGGGAAUCGGGGGCGCCGCGCGAGACGUUUGCGGCGACGGCGACGGGCGAGCGGGCGUUCGAUCGGUCCAUCAUGGAGUGGGUGCGCGAGGAAGAGGACGCGAGGGAGAUGGUGGGGGGUGAGAACACCGUGGGUGUGGCUCGCACGGCGGCGUUGGGGUGGUCUUGGGCGUCCUUUGUGCCGACGCUCGCGCGGGCGGGCGAACGCGCGGAGGAGGAGGAGGGCGUCGACGACUCGUUGAAGGGCUUGGAUGAGGACCAGUACGAUGAGCAGAGCGUGGCGAAAGCGGAGGAGAACGGUGAACUCGCGCGAGCGGAGGAUUCGAUCGAAGGCGUGAACGCGUCGACCAUCGAACCCUCUGACGAGGCGAAUCCACAGCCGCAGACGAAACCGCGUCAGCGCGCUUCUCGUCGGCAGCAGCGCGCCAAACGCCGCAACCACAAACAGAAGUCAAAUGAACGAGACUUGACGACACCGAAGACGACAGAGGAAGAUGAUGACUUCGUAAGUGAAUCUCCUGCGGACGUGAGGAACACAACGCAGCAGGUUCGUCUCGGAAAGCCUCAGACGUUUCUUGAGCGACUCGCGCUCGUGAUGAAAUUCACGAGAGUCAAAGCACGAAAGGCGGCGCGUAAGGAUACAACGCGUGUCACGACCGGUGACGAGAGUACGAUGCCAAAAUCAAAGCGAAAGCUGAACGUGAACGUACCGCCGUCACCGGGGCAGAGAGUGGUCAGUUCAAUCGAAAAGGCGCGAAGAGAUCUGUUACGAAAUCCUUUCUUCGCCGCUGAUUUCGGCGAACACGUGUUCGAUAACCUCGAAAAGACUGAUAAAGAAAUCGUCAAGCCGACACUGAGUCAAGCAGCAGUGCUCAAGGGAUUGGCAGCUUUUAGAACUCGAUAUCGAAUGGGGGCUGAUGACGUUAGCGAGGAUGAUGAUGACUCGGUACUGGCGAACCUCGGUGUCGCACCGAAAACGUGCAAAAUCGUGUACUUUUAUCACAUCCCUCGCACUGGGGGCGGGUCACUCUUGGCGCACAUGGCGCAGAAUGGGGUUGACAUACAACGUUUUGAGCGAUCCAAGUAUGCGCAAGAAGGAUCAGAACUCGAGAUGUAUCAACAGUUGGAUGAAGAUGAGCACUGGAAACGGGUCGUGAAAGCCGCGCUUCGUCCUGGAAGCCACGUCAUCGCGCAUCACGUCGGUCGUUCUGGAAUCCUAGACAUGGAGGUGAAGUUGCAACAGUUGCGUAAGGACGCACAGAACGCUCAAUGCCAAUUGAGGACGCUGACUGUUUUGAGAGAACCCACUCAGCGCGAUAUGAGCGCCGUCGCGCACAACUCGAACACCACAGCGAGCGUGAUGGAUCUCAACGGUCAGGUUCGGUUCCUUUUAGUCAACGCAGGGAACGAAAGGUCAAGAAGAUGGCCAAAGGUUUUGACGAGCGAGAACGCCAACCUCCCGGAUCUGCUCGGCGACGCCAAGGGCAUCCUCUCCAGGAAUUUCGACUGGAUGUUCGCUCAGAGCGAUUUACCGAGCGUCAGACGGCAGAUCGACAGGUUUUACUCCAUCCAAUCACCACCGGGUCGCACGUUUACGGAUAACCUCGACUCGACUCUGGAGAUGACGCACGUGCACCAAAGUGAUUACGACGUCGCGAGCGCCGAUGGUCUCGGCGCCGUCCGCCACAAACACGACACCGCGCAAGAGUCCGGCUGGCUCGACGACAAGCUCUAUCGCUGGGUUCACGACGGCGCGCGUUCGGGGUAG